AUGCAUGCCUCUCUGCUUUCCGUCGUCGCCCUUGUCUCUCUGGUGCAGGCUCACGGAGUCAUCAUGGCCGUCGCCGGGAUAUCCGGCAAUUCAGUAGGAUACUCCGUGGACGAGAGUAUCGCACGCAACUGCACGCUUAUCAGUCCUUGCCAGCAAGACACAUCCAUUAUCCGGGACGUCGAGAUCAGCGCAAACACCACCGGGGUCUGUGGUCGCACUGAACUAGAUGGCAACAUCGACAUCUCCGUCAGCGUGGAGUCUGCCAUUGCGACAGACAAUAUCACACAGGUAACGGAAGGAUCCACUCUAACCGUGACGAUACACCAGGUGAACCAAGAUGGCAAGCAAGACAUUCGCCCGCAUCAGACGCUGAACUAUUCACUGACAUUUAAUAGGGGCCGGACCAUAUACUUGUGA